AUGCUCUCACGUGUUUCUGCAGCUGUCAUGGCACUCCGCACACACAACCGUCGCCGCGUGACCGGAUCCAGCGGAAGGAGGAGGGAAGGAAGAGAGAGUGAGCCGCAGAGGCCCAACAUGUCCCGGCAUCUCUUCUGCUCUGCGGUGCUGCUCCUCCUCGUCGUGAUGAUGUGCUGCAACACUGGAAGAGCUGCGCAAGCUGAUGAGCCAACGUCAGAUCAGGGAUCUUCACUGGGAAAACAUUUUGUUUGG